AGAGAGGCUUUAGCGAGAAGGUGUAAGGGUGUAGAGGGAGCAGUUCGUAUCUCUGUACACAUUUUCUUGUCACUCCCUUGUCUACAGCAGAAGGAAAUCAUUGUGUCCAAGGCUUGUGAAGGAAUUGCCAUUUUUUUUCCUUUAAAAGAAGACUCCUGUUUUUGUGUUCUGCCUUAUUUCUCUACCCCUCCUGUCUGCAUUUGGAUUGCCACUUCCAGCCCCUGGUUGUGCUGCAGGUCAGACAGUAGGUGCACUCUACAAAGCUCUCACCCAAGCAACCCCAUCACCUCCUCCUUAGGGGCUUGAAAUGAAAGCUGUGAGCCCAGUACGCCCCCAGAGCAGGAAAGCCCCUAUGUCAGGGCUGUGUGGAGAACUGGCUCUGCAUUGCCUGUCUGAGCACAGCCUUGGUGUAGCUCGAUACAAGAUGGAAGAAGAGGAGACCCUGUGCCUGCAGUAUGACAUGAAUGAUUGUUACAGCCGGCUCAAGAGACUGGUCCCCACUAUCCCCCCGAACAAAAAAGUCAGCAAAGUAGAAAUCCUGCAGCAUGUCAUUGACUACAUCUUGGAUCUCCAGUUGGCUUUGGACACACACCCUGUUCUUUUAAGACAGCAGACACCUGCCAGGACCCCCCUAACAGACCUCAAUACUGACCAGGCUGCCUCAGUUGUCAACAAACAAAGCGAUAGCAUUUUGUGUCGUUAAAGCUGUGUUUUUAAGGUGUGCAGCAGGCAAAUCCAGAGCCAGGAGAAGAAGAGAAAGAGGGAGAGAAAUUAGAGCAUAAGGGAGGGAAAGGAAAAAAAGUCACCAGACAAAAGAAGGGGAAAAAAAAAAAGAAAAAAAUACUCCUCACACUGCUAUCAUACACUAUGGAGAAUAUAUUUCUUUGUACACACUCAUGCCACUUAACACUAUCUUUUUCUCAUUCAUUGUGUAUGGGAUUUUUUUUUUUUUUGGUUUUACAUGGAAUUAUGGACACGUUGAAAAGUUACUGAACUGAUGGAUAGGGUUUUAGAAAAUGAUUAUAAAAUGAAGAACUGAAUUUUGAAGCUUUACUAAUAUACCAGAGCAUUGUAGAUAAUUUGUUUUUACAUCUAUUGUUUAAAAUAGAUGAUUUUAUCGGUACAGGGAAAUUUUUUUUUUCUCCCUGCUGGAAUGUUACAUAUUGUAUAGUUCAAAAGAAAAUCAAGUGACAUUUCAUACUGUAUAUAGGAGAGAUGUUCUAUAUGUGUAAGUGAUAAAGUAUAUGCUUUAAUAGACUACUGUAAUUAUGAAGUAUUUUUAAUUAAAUAUUUUGUGUAAAUAGAAAUGUGUGAUUUUUUUUUUUUUUUGGUUGACUUUUUUUUUAAAAUCUUUGAGGCUUUUAAACCUUAAGCUGUACAAGAAAUAUAUUGGCAAUGAACUAAAAUGCUAUUAAAGCAUUCAUUUUUACUAUCUGUCAAUCUGGCUGCGAGUUUGCUGGAUCUGCAUGAUUGCAUGGGAUAUUGCGAAUGUUCGUUUGUCUCAAACCAAUACCAUGGAAGAGAAAUCCAUUGAAUCCAAAAAUACGUAUCGCUCAAAAAUAGCAAAGGAAUACACUUAAUAACUCAGGUGUGAUGUGGUGGGCAUUACAAAAUCCCCCAACUUAAUUUAGACGUUAAUAUGUGUGCUUAUCAUAUCUUGAUGUUUUGAGUCUGGCCCCUCUUUCCGCCGUUGCGAGAAUUAAUUGUCACCCUGAGACAUCUGGGGAUGAUACACCUUAUUGUGAUGGCGUAAAUUGGGAAGGGGUACAGACACAUGUUUCAAUUUUUAGCCCUGUCUUUGUUAAUAGACCAAACGUACGGAAAAAGACCAACAAAUAGUUAAACAUACAUAUUAAAAAUAAAAUAUGAUAAACGUCUAUUAAAAUACAGUUCCCGCAAAAUAAUUACCGCUAGGUAAGGGUUACUUCUUUCUUAAGCAGCAAUGUAAUGUUGCUUGCUGUACAAAUUAACUCUUUACUUUCUUUCAAAUAUUAAAUUGGCUUAUGAAUAUGACCAAGUAUGGUCAUUUCUUGAAAUACUGUUAAGCACUGUUUGCAUUUUACUGCAGAAAGAGGAGAUUUUAGUUUCACUGAGUCUGAUGUUGUCGGGUUAUGGCAGCUCUUGUACUUUUCUUCUGAAGCAAAUACUAGGGAUUUCGUAGCAUUCUUUAUUAUUCCUCAACUGGGGAUCAUUAGAGAGAAAUCACCUUUUUCUGUCUCUUUUGUGACUGACCCACAUAAGCUACAUAAGCGACAAUUGUUCCUUGCAACCAAAGUAAACCACUCUACAUCUAUUGAAUAGAAGCUACUUGAGUUAACACUUUCCUUGCCGCAGAGGGUGUUUUUUAAUAGGUCACCAAUGGGUUAAUAAAGUAAAUACCGUUUAUUACAUUAAGGCUGGGGGGGAAUGCUGGUAACCUUAUCCUAAUUCUUAAAGUUUAAUUGAAAAAUUAUAAUAGAAACAUUUCCAUGCAAUCAUGUUAGACACAGAUAUUUUUACAUGCAAGUAUUACAAGAUUUGUAUUGUUUGAAAUCUGACUUUUCCCCCAAUAUGUUUGAAAUGGAUAUUGAAUUGCCAUCUUUGUACUGGUACGAAUAGUUUUUUUUUUAAAUAUACAACAAUGCUUUGUUUAAAACUCACUGUAUGUAUUUCCACAUUCUUUGUAAAUUAACAUUUAUGACCUUCUGAUUAAAAACAUCCAUGGGAGAUGCAUUUACCAUCUCAUGCAGCACACGGAUUUUUUGAACAGUCUUCAAGUGUUUAACGCUUUUGAUGCCGGGGCGGCGCUCCCUUUUGGCACUCAUACAGACCAUCUUAUUUAACGUGUCUUACUUUAAUCACUCAUGCUGUACAUUUGAUAAAUUCAGAAUCAGAUGAGACCAAAGUUUUCAUUCCUGUUAAGACAAAAUAAAAAAAAAUAAAAACAACUUUGUAAAUUA